AUUGGUUAAAACGAUUUGAAAGAAUCUUCCAUACUUCAUUAGAUAACGUUAGAAAUGGUAUGAUUAAGUUUAUACAUUUGUACUUAUUUUAUAUCAUAUUUUGACAUGGAUCGUACAUUGAAAAUUUAACUCGGAUAUUGAUCAUGUCAGUACGAAAAGCUUUAGUGUUUUCAAAAGACGAAAUCCGGGCACUCAAAGAAAGUUGGUAUGUUAUGUGGGGAGACAAAACAAACAAUGGAAUUAAAAUGCUAAUGAAACUUUUUAAACUGCAUCCAGAAUCUAGAGCUUUCUACAAAGAAUUCAAGGACCUCCGAGAACAAGAUAUGCCCGCAAACAAACGCUUUCGAAGUCUAGCUUUACAAUACAUGUACAAACUAACGGAGUAUAUAGAUGCUGUCGAUGACCCGGAUACUCUAGAGGACCUGAUGGUCACUACUUGUAAAGCACAUCAUAAACGGGCAUUGGGACCAAAACAUUUUAAGUGGAUGGGAUCAGUCAUGACGUCAAUGGUUAAAGAAACAAUGAAGAGUACACACGUAAAGGAACUGCAUAAAACGUCAUGGACCAAACUCAUGGACGCUCUCGUUGUCGUGGCGACAGAUGUACAGAAAACUCUAAAAGAAGAGUCUCUUGAUAAAAUUCAGAUUCCUGAAAUGACUGGUGUAUGGAGAAGUCCUCAUAAUAGUCCAAGGUUCUAAGAACAGAACCCACGAUAGAGAAUUAUUCGCAUUUUCAGAAUGUCAGAAUCUAAAGGAUUUGCAAUGGGUAAUUUCAUUGUCCGUACACUAUAAUGAAGUAACAUUAUGCCACUGGUUGAAUUUCCAUCGUUUAGUACGUUUCAAACUAAUAAAUGAGACAUGUUGUUGUGGUGUACAGUUUUGAAAGUAUUACCCAGAAUGCAUUAGAUUCUGAAACAGCGAAUGGGAGUAAUGACAUUUAGUGGUACUUGCCAGCUUUAUUUUUUUUUAGAAGAAAUCAAAAUAUGCAUUAAUUUUAUUUUAAACGCUUACAUAACCGUAUGGUGAUGCGUCUUAACAUUUUGUACAUAACUUAUUCAGCUGCAUCUGUACAUUAAAUUCUGACAUUCUAUUUAUUAACAUGUUUUUUUGACAAUUGCAAGCGCUGGAACAUGUUGCCAUUAGGCAUUUAUUU